GGAACAGUCGCCUCGGGGAAACGGGAGCUCUUCAGACAUGAAGGUAUUCAUCGUUGCCGCCGUCCUGGCCGUGGCUGCCGCCGCGCCGGCCCCGGACACCCCCGUCUACAAGCCGGCCCCGGCUCCGUACAAGCCGGCCCCAGCCCCGUACAAGCCGGAGCCCCAGUACAAGGACGAGCCCAGGCCGUACGCCUUCGAUUACGCAGUCAACGACAAAUACUUCGGCACUAAUUUCGCCCAGAAUGAGAAGAGCGACGGCCAUAACGCCCAGGGCUCCUACACGGUGGCUCUGCCUGACGGCCGCAUCCAGACCGUCAAGUACGUUGCCGACCACUACAAGGGAUUCAACGCCGAGGUCACCUAUCAGGGAAAAGCUAGACACCCUGAUUAUAAGCCUGCCUCUUACAAGCCCUCCCCGGGCUACAAGCCGGCGCCUAAAUAUUAACCGGUGUGGCCAGGACGUUAGCUUACAAUGUGUUGUUAUACUUCCCACUGUUCUCCAUUGAUACGUUAUCAAUAUACUGCAUAUCCUGCUCA